GCUAGCAGUAUUACAUCCGUGGUUUCUCAACCGUUAGCCAUUAGUAGUUCUUUAUACACGUUAGAUUCAGAGUAAGAGGACACCUUUAGAGUGUUUUAGUAUAAAACAAACCUCAACAUGGUGUCAGAAAACGGAGUUACUGAGUGAUACAAACGACGGGAAGUGAGCUAACGGAGCUAGCCUGGAAGCUAAUAGCAGAUAGCAUGGAGGAAGUAAAGAACAACACCAGCGGAGAUGUCUGGCGGGUGGUGGUGAAACAUGAAGAGGUUCUCCCUGAGCAGCAGGAACGGAACUCCUGUCUGAAUCUGGAGGAGCCACCAGAACCAGCACACAUAAAAGAGGAACAGGAGGAACUGUGGAUCAGUCAGGAGAAAGAGCAGCUUCAUGGAGCAGAGGAGGAUGAUAUCAUUAUGUUCACAUUCAAUCCUGCCCAUGUGAAGAGUGAGGAGGAUGAUGAAGGACAGCUUCAGUCCUCACAGUCUGACGAAAACCAAAGUGGAGACAACAGAUACACGGGGUAUUUGAAGACAGAAUCUGAUGGAGAGGACUGGGGAGCAGGAGCAUACAGAGACUUUAAUCCAGAGAGUCAUUUUAAUCCUGAGGAGAUUUCACAGCUCUCUGGGUCUGAUACUGAUGACAGUGCUGAAUGGGAGGAGAGGGAUGAACCUCAGGAUGACUUAAACCAUCUGCAAAACAAAGAUGGAGCGGUUAGUGACAUGAAAUUUAACCCUGGAAACACAUCGGAGAGCUCUUCUGAAAGUGCUCCAAGCUUUGGACAGAAGGAACAAAAGCAGGAACAUGAAGAAAUCAGAGCAGACGACAAACCAUUCGGUUGCUCUGUUUGCGGUAAAAGAUAUCCUGGUAUGAGAUAUUUACAAAAGCACAUGCUGCGUCAUUCAUUAGAAAAACCUUUCAGCUGCUCAUUUUGUGAGAAAAGUUUUCUCUCUAGACCAGAGAUGGUGAAGCACAUGAGAGUCCACACAGGAGAGGAACCAUUCGGUUGUUCAGUUUGUGGUAAAAGAUUUAAAUGGUAUGGAUCUCUAAAGAGCCAUUCUCAUAUCCACACAGGGGAGAAACUCAUCAGUUGUUCAGUUUGUGGUAAAAGUUUUUAUGAUCACAGAAGUCUGAAGGCACAUUCAAUUGUCCACACAGAGGAGACACCAUAUAGCUGUUUAGUUUGUGGUAAAAGUUUUUCUCAUAGUGGAAGUCUUAAAAAGCAUGCUGUUGUCCACACAGGGGAGAAACCGUUUAGCUGUCCAAUUUGUGGUAAACAUUUUGCUCUUAUUGCGAGUCUAAACAGACACACGAAUAUCCACACAGGGGUGAAACCAUUCAGUUGUUCAGUCUGUGGUAAAGGUUUUUCUCAGCCUGGAAAUCUGAGAAGACACUCUGUUGUCCACAUAGAGAGGGGAGUGUUAAGUUGCAGUAUCUGUGAUAGAACAUUCGCUAAACUGCAGUAUAUGAAGGCACACAAGUGUGGUACCAGGACCAGAAAAAGCAAAGUAAACAAAUCUAAAGAUUCUCAUCAAAUGUAACCUUUAAAGAACACGGGCAGAGUCGAAUUUCUGCUGUUUUAAAAUGUGCUUUAAAACUUAAUGACAGCAUUUUCAUAAGAACAUAAUAUUUUUGAGCAGUUGGGCUGUCUGAGAGUUUAACUGAUCUCCUGUGUGCUAAAUAUUUAACUUAUAAACUCUUUAAAUUAUUUUGUUAAAGUUGAUUUUAGGAAUGGUUCAGAUUUUGCAGGCCUGUCUCCAUGCAGUACUCAUAUGUUGCAUGAUUUACAACUGUUGAUUUCUGUAAUUAUGCUCAAAUUUGA